UAUGGAACUUUUGCUUUCAAGCACAUGCCUCUUGGGUUAUGCAAUGCACCGGCCACUUUUCAGAGGUGUAUGAUGGCAAUUUUCUCUGAUAUGAUUGAGCAAACUAUGGAAGUCUUCAUGGAUGACUUCACGGUUUUUGGGGAUUCAUAUGAGGAGUGUUUAAUCAACUUGGCCAAUAUGUUGAAGAGAUAUGAAGAGACCAACUUGGUCUUGAAUUGGGAAAAAUGCCACUUCAUGGUUAAAGAGGGCAUAGUUCUGGGAUUUUAUCGCCGCUUCAUCAAAGACUUCUCCAAAAUAGUCAAGCCUCUUUACACUCUUCUUGAGAAAGAUGUUGAAUUUAAAUUUGAUGAUUCAUGUUUGAAAGCAUUUGAAGAGUUGAAGAAAAGACUUGUGUCUGCACCUAUCAUGAUGGCUCCUGAUUGGAAUUUUCCUUUCAUUGUGAUGUGUGAUGCUAGUAACUUUGCUGUGGGUGCUAUGCUUGACCAAAAGAAAGAAAAAGUGCUUCACCCAAUUUACUAUGCUAGUAGAAUACUUGAUGAUGCUCAAGAAAACUACACCACAACUGAGAAAGAGCUUCUUGUAGUGGUGUUUGCUUUUACCAAGUUUAGAUCGUAUCUUGUGGGUACUAAAGUGACAGUUUACACUGACCAUUCAGCUUUGAAGUACCUAUUUAGCAAGAAGGAGUCUAAGGCAAGGUUAAUUCAAUGGGUACUACUUCUACAAGAAUUUGACUUGAAGAUUAUUGAUAGGAAGGGUGCUGAGAAUCAAGUGGCAGACCAUCUUUCUAGGUUGAGUACUGAUGCUCAACUUAAAGGUAAUGUUAUUAUUGAUGAAGCUUUUCCUGAUGAGCAACUCUUUAAGGUUGACAAUAUUCAAACACUGUGGUAUGCAGACAUUGUCAACUAUCUUGUUUGUGGCAUCUUGCCAUUUGAUUUGAAGUUUCAUCAAAAGAAGAAGUUUCUCUAUGAUUUGUUUGACGUGUGGGGUAUAGACUUCAUAGGACCAUUUCCUAUGUCUUUCAACAAUCAAUAUAUCCUUGUGGCUGUAGACUAUGUCUCAAAAUGGGUUGAAGCGGCGGCAUUUCCCACUAAUGAUGCUAAAGUAGUGCUCAAGUUCUUGAAGAAGCAUAUUUUCACCCACUUUGGAGCACCAAGAGCCAUUGUGAGUGAUGGUGGUACUCACUUUUGCAACAAUCAAUUUCAAUCUCUCUUGAAGAAAUAUAGUGUCAAGCACAAGGUUGCACUUGCCUACCAUCCUCAAACUAAUGGGCAAGCUGAGAUUUCUAAUCGGAAAUUAAGAAAAGAUUGGUCCACCAAACUUGACGAUGCAUUAUGGGCUUAUCGAACGGCUUACAAAACUCCUAUUGGCAUGUCUCCAUACCGGUUAGUUUUUAGGAAAGCAUGUCAUCUAUCGGCCGUGGGUGAAAAGAGACUUCUCCAACUGAAUGAACUUGAUAAAUUUCGGUUAAAUGCCUAUGAGAAUGCUAGGCAAUAUAAAGAGAAGACAAAGAGAUGGCAUGACAAGAAAAUUUUAUUGUUUGGUCCACUCGUCUUCACCAUUGUCUCCAUCAUCGCUGCUAUAGCUUCUCCAUCAAUUGGAAGCUUCCUAGUAAUGGGUAAGAAAAGUGUCCCUCUUUCCAAAAAAGCUAAGGUCAUUGAGGUAGAGAUCACUGAGGAUACAUUUCGAAAGGUGUACAACCUUUCUCCCAUAGAAGAGUGCCAGUAUACCAUUUACAAGAAUAAUAGAACUCAAUUGCCAUUUGAUGAUGUAGUCCGAGUGCUAUGCCUUCCUGACAAAAAUAUUUGGCAACAUGACACCCAUGGCAAUCCUAAGAGUAUUAUGCGCUGUAAUCUAAACAGGACAACUCGUAUAUGGUGGUACUUCUUGGCAUCUAAUAUGAUCCCAGUGACCCAUAUGAGCGAUGUGACUGUUGAUCAAGCUGUCCUGUUAUAUACCUUGAUGAUGAGGCAACCUGUUAACUUUCCAAAAAUCAUGUUUGAGUAUAUGCGAAAGUUUCCUAGAAGCAGAUAUUGCAAGCAGCCAUUUGGGUUCCCACACUUGAUUACUCAAGUGUGCUUAGAGAAGAAGGUUCCCACUUAUCUGAAGGAUCUCAUGCUUCCUCCUUUGCCAAAGUUCAAUUAUAGAGAAAUGCAAUGUGCUAAGGGACCAAGAGGGGUACCGGAUCAAGCUGCAGAUGGUAGGAGGCAUAUUGAUCCACCUCAUGUUGAGCCUACACUGAGCAACCUCAUAGCACUCAUCCAAAACAUGCAUGAGGGCCUCCAGAGCCAGCUGGAUCGGAUUGACUUCGGGCUCCACCACAUUGAGUUAUUCUUGCAUCAAAGAUUUUAG